AUGCCUUCAAGAAUUACAACAUGCCACCUCCGUCCAAGCCCAUGUUGCCAUCCCCAACCGUCACAAAAUCGCCGCCGCCUCCUCCACCUGCAAGGAAGUCCCCGCCCCCAUCUGCAAGGAAGUCGCCUCCCCCACCUCCCGUUAGGCACUCGCCACCACCAGCCAGUCCACAUUAAUCCCCCCCCACCAAGCAGUAAGCCACCUCCUGUGCCAAGUUCUGCCCCACCCACUGCGUCCCCUUCCAGCCCACUAUCGUCUCCACCCCUCCCAGCCCGCCACCGACCUCACCCCCUCCCAGCCCGCCACCGACCUCACCCCCUCCCAGCCCGCCACCGACCUCACCCCCUCCCAGCCCGCCACCACCACCAUCUCCCAGCCCACCGACCUCACCCCCUCCCAGCCCUCCACCACCACCACCAGCUCCCAGCCCACUACUGUCACCCCCUCCCAGCCCUCCACCGCCUUCCGUACCCACAGCCACCGUUGUGUGGAAUGAGGAUGGUACCUUGA